AUGAUUAUUCCCUUGUACAUCGUCGAAGUGUCCCCUGCGAAAUACCGUGGUCGCAUGAUCGGCCUCGAUAACAUGUCUAUCACCGGCGGACAGUUAGUGGCCUACGGCGUUGGCGCAGGGUUGGCCAAAGUUUCCCAUGGCUGGCGAUACAUGGUUGGCUUGGGAGCUGCGCCGGCCAUAAUUUUGGCAAUUUGCCUUUACUUCUGCCCAGAGUCGCCCCGACAGUUGAUGUAUCACGGCAAGUCCGAGGAGGCAGCGCGGGUGGUGGCGAAGAUUUUCCCCAACGGAACAGACCUGCAGGUCCAGCAGAAGAUUCAGCAUAUGGCACUCCACGUCGAGGAAUCAAAAGUGUUGAACGGGGAGGGCGGAUUCUGGAAGCAGCUGAAGCAACUCUACGUCGUCCCGUCCAAUCUGCGCGCCCUAGUGGCAGCGUGUGGAUUGAUGGGCAUGCAACAGUUUACAGGCUAUAAUACGCUAAUGUACUAUUCCUCUACAUUGUUUGGGAUUAUAGGGUUCCAGAAUCCUAUUGAAGUGGGGACCAUCAUUGCCGGGACGGGCUUUGGUUGCACCUUUGUGUAUUUCCUGGUGAUUGAUCAAUUUGGAAGGCGACUUAUUCUUCUGUCCACAAUGUGGGGCAUGGCUGUGUUUCUUGCCGUUGCAGCAAUUGGUUUCCACUGGAUCCCGGUCAGCCACAACCUCGCCUUGGAAACUAAUGAUAUUGGAUGGCCUGCUUACCUGCUACUGGCUUCAAUGAUCAUUUUCGUUGUCUUUUAUUCUCUGGGGAUUGGAAACUUGGCUUGGGUUUCGAGUGAAUUCUUUCCUACUGAAAAUCGAGCCCUGGGAACUAUGAUGAUGGAAAACACGACACCCUCGGGCACAUUUGGAUUUUAUGCCGUUUUAUGCUUUAUCGGCUGGAUUGCCGUUUAUUUCUGGUACCCUGAGGUUAAGGGCAUGACGCUGGAAGAUAUCAGGGAGGUCUUCAACCAUGGAUUUGGAGUUAAAUACGCUCGAGGUGUUCAGAAAGAAAUGGUACGCCAGAAAAAAGCCCAGGUUGAAUCUCAAACCGGUGUGACAAUGGCAGUAUAG